GCCCAUCUCUCUCUCUCUCAAAGGGCCCAUCUCGUUGCCACUAGUCUAAGGGAGAUUAACCCCAAAAGCAUCAUUGUGAAGAAUUUCACAAUUCACACCACCCCACCAAAACAAAAACAAAAAAGUGGGAACAUAAUUUUGUUAACUAUUGAGAAAGAUAAGUGCAAACUGCAAAAUCUGCAACCCCCUAAUCAGAUUGGAUGCUUUUUGCUUGCUCAUAGCUUAAAAAUCCCAUCUUCAUGGUACCACAAAAGUGUACAUAAAGGGGAGAGAGUGAGAGAGAGAGAGAGAGAGAGAGAAGUAGAAGAAGGAAUAUGGUACAUAAUAAUUGAGAGGUUGUAAUUUUUUUAUUUGUAUUUUUAGUUUUUGUUUGAAAUUGUGUGGAGAUGUCAGGUGGUGGGUGUAGCAUAGUUUGGUUCAGGAGAGAUCUGAGAGUGGAGGAUAAUCCAGCUUUGGCAGCUGGAGUUAGAAGUGGUGCUGUGAUUGCUGUGUUUGUUUGGGCACCCGAAGAGGAAGGCCAUUACUACCCAGGAAGAGUCUCAAGGUGGUGGCUUAAGCAAAGUUUGGCUCAUCUUGAUUCAUCUCUCAGAAGUCUUGGCACUUCUCUCAUCACAAAAAGGUCCACUGAUAGUGUUUCUUCACUUCUUGAGGUUGUCGAGUCCACUGGUGCUACUCAGCUUUUCUUCAACCACUUAUAUGACCCCUUGUCUCUUGUUAGAGAUCAUAGAGCAAAGGAGGUGUUAACUGCUCAAGGCAUAGCUGUGCGUUCCUUUAAUGCGGAUUUGCUCUAUGAGCCAUGGGAUGUCAAUGAUGCCCAUGGCCGUCCAUUCACAACCUUUGCAGCUUUCUGGGAGAGAUGCCUUAGCAUGCCAUAUGACCCCGAAGCACCGCUUCUACCACCAAAGAGAAUUAUUUCAGGUGAUGUGUCGAGGUGCCAUUGUGAUACGUUGGUGUUUGAGGAUGAAUCAGAAAAGGGAAGCAACGCACUUCUCGCUCGAGCAUGGUCUCCUGGUUGGAGCAAUGCUGAUAAGGCUCUAACAAACUUCAUCAAUGGACCGCUGAUUGAGUACUCAAAAAAUCGCAGGAAGGCUGAUAGCAACACAACUUCACUUCUGUCUCCGCACUUGCAUUUUGGGGAGCUAAGUGUGAGGAAGGUGUUUCAUCUCGUCCGUAUCAAGCAGGUCUUAUGGGCCAAUGAAGGAAACAAGGCCGGUGAAGAGAGUGUGAACUUGUUUCUCAAGUCUAUUGGUCUUAGGGAGUACUCAAGAUACUUGAGUUUUAAUCAUCCUUACAGUCACGAAAGACCCCUUCUUGGGCAUCUUAAGUUCUUCCCUUGGGUUGUGAAUGAGGACUACUUCAAGGCAUGGAGGCAAGGUAGAACUGGAUAUCCAUUGGUGGAUGCUGGCAUGAGGGAGUUGUGGGCCACUGGAUGGCUCCAUGAUCGGAUUCGAGUGGUAGUUUCCAGUUUCUUUGUGAAGGUUUUGCAACUUCCAUGGAGGUGGGGAAUGAAGUACUUUUGGGACACACUCUUGGAUGCAGAUCUAGAGAGUGAUGCACUCGGUUGGCAGUAUAUAUCUGGUACUCUCCCUGAUGGCCGUGAAUUUGACCGCAUUGAUAAUCCACAGUUUGAGGGUUACAAAUUUGACCCCCAUGGAGAAUAUGUCCGGCGGUGGCUUCCUGAACUAGCAAGACUGCCAACUGAAUGGAUUCACCAUCCUUGGAAUGCACCAGAAUCUGUACUCCAAGCUGCUGGAAUUGAACCAGGAUCAAACUACCCUCUUCCCAUUGUGGGAAUAGACGCUGCAAAAGCCAGGCUGCAAGAAGCAUUAACAGAGAUGUGGCAGCAGGAAGCAGCAUCAAUGGCUGCAAUUGAGAAUGGAACCGAAGAAGGGCUUGGAGACUCCUUUGAAUCAGGCGUUAUUGCCUUUCCUCAAGACAUACAAAUGGAGGAAAAUCAUGAACCCCCGAGGAACAACCCUCCUGCAACAACACGGCGUUAUGAAGAUCAGAUGGUCCCAAGUAUGACUUCUUCUUUGGUAAGAGUUGAGGAGGAAGAAUCCUCUCUUGAUUUUCGAAUCUCCGGAUUUGAUAGCCGAGCAGAAGUGCCAACAAAUGUUGUUGUGAAUCAAGAGCCAAGAAGAGACAUGUUAAACCAAGAGGCAGUGCAGAAUACUACUAUUCGCAACAACCCUCCACCGCAAUUCAAUACUACAACCGUACUGCAACUCACAGCUGAAGAUUCCACAUCAGAAUCUUCCAGUAAUACUAGGAGAGAGCGAGACGGGGGUGUUGUCCCCGUUUGGUCUCCUUCAGCUUCUAGUUACUCGGAGCAGUUUGUGAGUGAUGACAAUGGCAUUGGAGCAAGUUCAUCUUACUUGCAGAGACAUCCUCAGUCUCAUCAAAUAAUGAAUUGGAGGCGGCUAUCUCAAACUGGGUAAAAAGGAAAGGAAAACUCGUAUAAUUGUGAAGUAAAAGCUUCAAGUGGGAAAUUGCAAUAUCACUGGAUUCAAUAGGCAACAGUUGAAAGUUUGCUUGACACACAAGUUCGAUUCGACCCGCUUUGUCUCCUUCACCCAUUUGACCUGAACAGCAUUGACCUCUGAGGUGUAUGAUAUUCCUAAUUGACACAGGCAGCUACUUCGCCACCACCCUUUUUCCCUUGUUGUUGUAUCAUAUAAUGUAGCUCUGUUGUAUAGUAAACGUUGUUCUCAUAAGGGGAGAGUAGAGAAUUAAAAUAGAAUGUAUAGUCCUAGAAUAAGCUCAGGCUUGUGCUUUGACUGUUAGUAAGCAGAUAUUCUGUGUCAUAAUUUUUAAGUACCACGCUUUUUGCCCAUUUGUUAUUUAAUAACAUUUACUGCUAUGUGUCUCAUGUUGCAAUUGUUGGCUAUCAUGUAUCUGCAUAAUUUAAAUUGUAAUGGGAAAUAUAUUUAAGCACAUUUAA